GUUUCUUUAUAAACUUCCUUAUUUCAGUGCAGUUUCUGCCUGUUCAGCUGCUCUUUACUUCACUCUGAGGUCGUAGUUAGAGAUGCCGUCUAUACUUGCCUUAUGGUGAUGUGUUUGUAGACAACGCUGGAUGUGUUUGUCUCUGCCUUUGCUGACUUGACUUACAAAGUGGACCAAACUUAUUGAAAGCGCAGAGCAAAGGGAAUGACCCACUCAGCUGAAGACUUUCUACAUUCAGCAUUAACCAACACAUACCUGGAAAAUGAUAAUGGAAAUAUUUGUUUUUCAUCUUGUAUAAAUACAAUUAAAAUCAGUGCAAUUAAAUAGGUUGGCUAAAUUAUCUCUGUAAGGCCAGAAUAAGAAGAAAAUUAAGAGUAAAAUCAUUGACUGAUUUCUAUUUCCAAUAUGACAGAAAACCUAUAUGAGAUUAAUGACCUAACUAAUUGCAGUAACAGUUUAACUGUUACAAGAUCUGGUUAUGGUAUACAUAAUACAACCUCAUUACAACCAUCACCAGUGUCUCCACAUGUUAACCAAAAGUAUAUGCCAUCCCCUACCACUCCACAAAAUGAGCUUUCUCCACUACUUGACAUAUCACAUGAAGAAGGAUCUUGGGAACGUAAUCAACUUGAGAAGUCUGCAUCUUCAAUCUUAAAUGAGACUAUGAAUUCCCACGUUGUCUACCCCUUCAAUGUGGCUGAGGCUUUACACGGACUGGAUUCCUUUUCCAAGGCCUUUCCUGUAAAAAACCCAAAUACUGUUUUUGGAAACAGUGUAGGUGAAAAGAGUUCAGAAGACAAUCAAGUGUCAGAGAUUUUGCUGUCACCCCAGAGAGGAACACCUUCUGCUGGGUCAGAUAGAGAGCCCUUUAGUCCUGUAACCAUGCAGAGUAGGUCACAGCAGUGCCAUAAUCAGCUAAUGCAUCAUUCCAUGGACAGCCAAAAUAUGGCUCAUAAUCCCUACCAAAGCCACCAGCAAUAUUAUGGAUAUCAACAUCACAAACCACAGCUGAGAGAGAACAAUUCAGUGCCAAUAUACAAGGUACCCUUCUAUAAGUCUCAGAGCCAGUAUCUUCUCCAGCAGCAAGGAAAUCAAAUCCAUCAGCAGCAGCUUACAUCUUAUUCAUUAGCCCAGCAAAAGCAGCAAAUACCACUAGAUGUUCAGGAAGGCCAUGAUUCUGUUGGAUCACCAACUGAUAGCUACACUGAGGACUAUAAAGCAUCUGAGCAAACAGAUUUCCAGGCUAAUUUACACACCUCCCAUUUCCAGGGGUCACAGAAUUUUCUCUCACUUUCCCACCAGAAUGAUCUCUACCAGCAGGCUAAUGAGCUAUCACAUUCAUUCCCUUUUAAGCAAAAUCCUUCUUUUGAAGAUCACUUGGGUUCAGUUGACAUUAUCCCAGGAUUUUCCAAUACAAAGGAGGAGGUUUAUAUGGAUUUAAACUACCACCACAAACAGGAGGAUUUCUAUAGUUCCCAUUACCAAAAUAUGGGGUCAGGGGUCAAUCAAACUGCUCAGUCACCAGCUCUGAGAGGAGGAGCACUUCAUCAUCUUAACUCUUACAGCCCACCAUGUGGACAGAUGCGCUCUGAUAUCCAAGAGGACCAACUUUUACCCUACUACGGGAUGGAAGCACUGAGGGCUGAAGGAGCAAAAGCAAAGCUGAAAUGCAUUUUAUGCCACCGGGAGUUUAAGAGCCUGCCAGCUCUUAAUGGCCACAUGCGUUCCCAUGGAGGAUUCAGGACAUAUCCCUCAACACUCAAAACGGUUUCCUUACAGACUGAUGAACAAAUUCAGCUAUCUAAAGAAGUAAUUCAAAAUGAACCCAUGGUGUUCCCUGUGUCUGUUCCUGUAAAGGAUUACUCAGUUCCCUCCAGGCUUCCAAAUAAUUUUCAUAACCACCUGAGGCAUAAUAAUUUGGAUGACUUAGAUGAGAGUAAUCCACAGCGACCAAAAGUUUUCCCUUCACGUGCAAAGAGUUCAGUAGGAGCUGGAGAAUGUGCAGCAAAGCAAGAGAAAAAGCGGUAUCGCCACUGCCUGGUGCCACUUGUAAUUUCCCCAUGUGGCACUGGUCUCGAGUCCAGAGGGCCGGUGCUUUUCCAGAGCCAGCUGCGUUCACCAAGCAGCUGCGGAGAUGACGUUCCAUACACUCCUCCACCAAUGCUCAGCCCUGUACGUCCAGGCUCUGGCCUUUUCAGUAGUGUUAAUGUGGGGCACACAUGCACUGGAGCACAGACUGUUCCACGAGUUCGCCUGUGCAAGGACAGUGACAAACAUGACGGCAGUGUGACAUUAGGUUCAGGGGAUAAAUCAAGUAGCAUUAAACCUCGGAUCAAUAUUGGUUGCGAUUUUCAAGCAGACAUUCCAGAUAUUCAGAGUCGCUCUAAAGUGGCAGAGGACAUCCAUAAGGCUAAUCUUCUGUGGACACCCUGUUAUUUGGAUACUCCUGAGAAGCAGCAGAGAGUGGAUGAUCUUCUGAAGAUGGCAUGUUCCAGUGUGCUUCCAGGAGGAGGAACAAACACAGAAUAUACUCUUCAUUGUCUUUUUGAGUGUAGUGGUGAUAUUAUGACAACCCUGGAGAAACUACUCUCACUGACAGCAUUGAAACAUGCAUCCAGCCUUCACACAAAUUACCAUUAUGCUGGAUCAGAUAAAUGGACUCUGCAGGAAAAGAGACAACUGAACAAGGCCUUAUUAAUUCACCACAAAGAUUUUCAUCUAAUUCAGAAAAUGGUGAAGACAAAGUCAGUAGCUCAGUGUGUCGAGUAUUACUACACAUGGAAGGAGAAGCUUCGACUGGGCAGGAGAUUUAGCACAGGUCCAGUAACUCCAGGCCAAGCGAAAGAGAAUAGGGGUCACUUGAAGGAAGGCAACACCAGACAACCUACACAUGAAACAAAGAACAAACGUGGAGCGCUGGAAUUUUCUGAACUGUCUGGCAAUGUCAGUGGUGCAUUUGUUUGUGAAGUACCCAGAUCUGGGCCUAUGUUUAAUGGGAAUGAAUGGAACCAAAGUAAUAUAGGUGGACUGUGUAAUUCUCCAGCUGAACAUAACAGACUCAAAUCAGCUCAGCACUUUGCUCCUGGCUCUAUAAAAAGCUCACCUUCAAACAGUUCAACAAGUGGAGACACUGACUCAAAUAUCAGCUUCCCCUGUACUGAAUGUGGAAAAGUGUUUCUUAAGGUGAAAAGCCGCAAUGCUCACAUGAAGACUCAUCGCCAAACAGACGAUCCACAGUUUUGGCAGCUUCAUAGCCUUCCUGAACAGGAAAACAAGACAGUGACACCUGCCAGCCCUACUGUUAGACUACUUCAUCUACCCCUAACUCAUCAUUCUGUAGCUUGCAUCAGUAAUGGAAACAUAAAACCAUUGUGCAUUAACAGUGCAGAACCACUGCAACAACCAGACUGCCUCUUGCAGAAUCAGAAUCUUAAAGGGUAAUAUGGUGACCUCUGCUGAACUGGACCAAACUAAGCAGAACUAAUGUUUAGUGAGUCAAGUGUCAAACUCCUGGCCAAUAUACCAUGGUUCAGAUACUUUGUAAAAACUGUACCUUAUGAAACAAAUGUUUAUGAGGCUUAAAGAAAGUGAGAUGCCAUUUGUUGGCAUAAACAAUCAAUUAUUUUAGUCCUCAGAAUAUCUUUCUUAACCUAAAGAGAUGCACUGUAGAUAAAACUGGCCAAAUGUCAUUAUACUAAGGCUAGAGAUGUUGUGUCAAGUCUUGCUGUGUAUAAAAUGUGUUUUGUGACCAAAAGCACUGUACAAAUAAAACAGCUAAGUUUUAAAUGCU